AUGAAAAAUUCAGAUUUAGAUAACAAAAAGAGUAAGCUCGUAACUGAUUUAACUACUGAGGAUUUUCAUAUAGAUAAAUAUACAAGAGUAGAAGACAAGAAAGAUGAUUUUACUAAGUAUGUUAAUGAAUAUACAAAUGAUCGUGAUAAAGAAAGUAUGGAUAGGA